AUGUCACUGAUGGUCUGUUCGACCUUGGCAUUCGAUGAUGACCGUCGCCCCGAACGUCGCCCUGGCUACAAGAAGGAGACUCCUAGACCUGAACAAGACAACCGACCAGAGAAUGACAAUAGACCAGAUCAGGACAAUCGACCUGAGAAUGACAACCGUCCACAUGACACUGAUGUUUCGCCCGCUGUUGUUGCCACCCCUGCCCCUACUCAGACCCCGACCCCGACCCCGACCGCUGCUCCCGCUCACCAUGAUGAUUCGUCUAAAGGGGAGACUGAAGUCCCACCAAACCGUAGUGGCGCUUACAAUAUGCAGUAUCAUCAAGGUAGUGACCAACCGGUAAUGAACAACAGACAAGGACUUAGGCCACCACAAUGGCCAUCCUUCUUCUAA